GCGGCGGGCGGUGAGCGGGCUGCUGCGAUGUGGCUGAAGCCCGAGGAGGUGCUGCUGAAAAAUGCCCUCAAGCUGUGGGUGCAGGAGCGCUCCAACCAGUACUUCGUGCUGCAGAGGCGGCGGGGCUACGGCGAGGAGGGCGGAGGCGGGCUGGCAGGUCUUCUUGUGGGAACAUUAGAUGCUGUGUUGGAUUCUACAUCAAAAGUUGCCCCGUUUCGCAUCCUGCAUCAGACACCAGACUCUCAAGUCUACUGGUCCAUUGCAUGUGGAUCCAGCAGAGAAGAAAUAAUAGAACACUGGGACUGGUUAGAACACAAUGUUAUGAAGACUUUAUCAGUUUUUGAUUCAAAUGAAGAUAUUACGAGCUUUGUCCAGGGAAAGAUAAGAGGUUUGAUUGCUGAAGAGGGAAAAGGUUCUUUUGUAAAAGAAGAUGACCCUGAGAAGUUUCGAGAAGGUCUUAUGAAGUUUGAGAAGUGCUUUGGAUUACCAGAGCAAGAGAAGUUGGUUACCUAUUACUCCUGCAGUUAUUGGAAGGGCAGAGUGCCCUGUCAAGGAUGGCUUUAUCUCAGUACCAACUUCCUCAGCUUUUACUCGUUUUUACUGGGAGCAGAAAUAAAACUUAUUAUCUCCUGGGAUGAAAUAUCAAAACUUGAGAGGACUUCCAACGUGAUUCUGACAGAAAGCAUUCAUGUGUGCUCCCGUGGGGAAGAUCACUAUUUUUCCAUGUUUUUACACAUUAGUGAAACAUUCCUUCUCAUGGAGCAGCUGGCAAACUAUGCUGUUAGGAGGCUUUUUGACAAGGAGACAUUUGAAAAUGACCUAGUCCUUCAUGACCCCCUGCAGAUCACCAAGAGGGGCCUAGAGAACCGUGCCCACAGUGAGCAGUUUAGUGCAUUCUUCAGGCUACCCAAAGAAGAGACCUUGAAGGAAGUUCAUGAGUGCUUCUUAUGGGUUCCUUUCAGUCAUUACAACACCCAUGGGAAAAUGUGCAUUUCAGAAAACUACAUCUGUUUUGCUAGCCAGGAUGGCAGCCUGUGCAGUGUAAUCAUUCCAUUAAGAGAGGUCACAGGGGUGGAUAAGUCAGAUCCAGCCAACAGAGGAGUCAGCAUUAGUACCAAAGGAAAGACAGCUUUUCGUUUCACGGAGGUUAGAGAUUUCGAACAGCUUGUGGAAAAGCUCAGAGUGAAAUGCAAUGCAACUUCAAGUCCACAACACAUCAUAAAUACAGAGGUUGCAACUAGUUCUGCCUCUGACAGUCCAAAGGGUUUCGAUGUGGGACCAUUACAGAUCAGUCAGAGAGAUAACAGCAAAACUGUCAGUACUGAAGCCCUGAUGACUGUCUACCAUCCUCAGGAUGCUGAGAAUCUGGACUCUAAAAUGUUGAAAGAAAAAAUGAAAGAACAGUCCUGGAACAUCCUCUUUGUGGAACGGGGACGUGGUGUCAGUAUGUUUCGCACCAAGAAGACUCGUGACCUUGUUGUAAGAGGGAUCCCAGAGGCACUGAGAGGAGAGCUCUGGUUACUCUUCUCAGGUGCUGUCAAUGAUAUGGCAUCCAACCCAGGUUAUUACACCGAGUUGGUGGAAGAGUCCUUAGGAAUGUGCACUUUAGCUACGGAUGAAAUCGAACGAGAUUUACGUCGCUCCUUACCUGAGCAUCCCGCCUUUCAAAGUGACACAGGAAUUUCUGCCCUUAGGAGAGUUCUUACAGCUUAUGCACACAGGAAUCCCAAAAUUGGAUACUGUCAGGCCAUGAAUAUUUUGACAUCAGUCCUUCUGCUGUAUGCUAAAGAGGAGGAAGCAUUCUGGAUUUUGGUUGCCGUGUGUGAAAGGAUGCUACCUGAUUAUUUCAAUCGUCGAAUCAUUGGUGCCUUGGUAGAUCAGGCAGUGUUUGAGGAGCUCAUCAGGGUUCACCUGCCUCAGUUGACAGACCACAUGACGGACAUGACUUUUUUCUCCUCGGUCUCUCUCUCCUGGUUCCUUACCCUUUUUAUCAGUGUGCUGCCUAUUGAAAGUGCAGUCAAUGUGGUGGACUGUUUCUUCUAUGAUGGAAUAAAGGCAAUCUUGCAGCUGGGUCUUGAAGUACUGGAAUACAACAUGGAGAAGUUGCUGACUUGUAAGGAUGAUGCAGAAGCAGUCACUGUUCUGAACAGAUUUUUUGACAGUGUCACUAACAAAGACAGUCCUUUGCCUCCAGCUGUGCAGCAGGGCUCCAACCUCAGUGGUGCAAAGGGUGACCAUCCAAAAGUGGACAUUACUGAUCUGAUCCGAGAGUCAAAUGAGAGGUAUGGAGAUAUCCGAUACGAGGAUGUUGAGAGCCUGCGCUGCAGGAACAGGCUGUAUGUGAUCCAGACAUUGGAAGCUACAACCAAGCAGAAUGUGCUACGUGUUGUGUCCUUGGAUGUAAAAUUCAGUCCUAGUGAUCUUGAGGAACUGUAUGAAUUAUUUAAGAAGGAGCACUUUCUUUCCUGUUAUUGGAAUGUAAAUAGUCCUGUCUUGCAACAUCAUGAUGCCAGUCUGCCCUAUCUUGACCAGUACCGGAUCGAUUGCCAGCAAUUCAGGGUUCUCUGUCAUCUCUUGAGCCCCUGGUCACACUGUGCAAACAGAGACUCGCUUGCAUUGUGGACCUUCAGACUGAUGGAUGAGAGCUCUGAUUGCCUUAUAAACUUCAAACAAUUUGCCUGUGUUCUUGACACCAUGUAUAAUGGAAGUUUCACUGACAAACUCAAGCUACUUUUUAAGUUGCACAUCCCUCCAGCUUUUACUGAAGUAGAAUCUCUAAGCCCUUCCAAAGGUGGUGAUCUUUCAAAAGAAGAACUAAUCCACUUCAGCCAACUUGGUGUUUCAUCUGUUGGGGACAAUCUUGAAAGUGAUUCAUUGAAGAGCAGCCCAGAAAAAGUAGGAAAGGGGAAGGUCGAUAUUCAGGCAUAUCUGAAGCAAUGGCAAGAUGAGCUGCUUAAAAAAGAAGAAAACAUUAAGGAUUUGCCAAGAAUGAAUCAGUCCCAGUUCAUCCAGUUCUCAAAAACCCUGUACAAUCUGUUCCACGGGGAUCCCGAGGAGGAGCUGUUGUACCGGGCUAUAGCCAUGGUUACCAGCCUCCUGCUGAAAAUGGAAGAGGUUGGGAGAAGACUGCAGAGUCCCAUGUCACCAGUAGAAGGUCCUGUUGCUGUGAUGGAGCUGCCUGCUGAAAUCCCCAGGGAAGGGCAGACUGAAGGCAGUAGAGCACAGAGUUUGAGAGGUAACCAUGAAUGGUCUUUUGCCUUCGAACAGAUUCUGGCAUCCUUAUUAAAUGAGCCAGCCUUUGUGAGAUUUUUUGAGAAACCUCAUGACAUAAAAGUUAAAAUAGAGAGUGCUAAAAAUUUACAGCUUAAAGCAAGAACCAGAGUGUAAUUUUCUUUACCUUUGACUCUGAAGUAGCCACAUAAAGUGCUUGCAAAGGAAGGCUGUUACGAUGGGAAUUGAGCCUGGUGUUUACAUAGGGAAUGGAGUUUGAAGAGUUAGCUUUAAAUAUCAGAUUACUGGUAUGUCAUGUAAAUAAAAAUAGUUUAAAGCACAAUCACUUUCUUGCAUUGUUCAUAAGUUUCACACUAAAAAAAGGACUGAGUAAUAAUCUGUCUUUACCAUGUUAUUAAAAUAACAGUGUUGCUUGGGAAUCCUGGAUGUGACCUACUGCAAACCUGACUGGCAGCUCAGAGUGUGUGCUCUCCAGGUUCAUUUCUGGUACUGGGAUCAAAGGCAUGGCUUCCAGCCAUUUUCACUUAAAAGGAGUAUCAAUAGCUUACAGCUUGUCUUCUAGGUUAGUUUAAUUAGUUAUUUCCAAUCUUAGAUGUGGACUGGGAUGACAACCAAGAAGAGAGUUUAUGGUAGGAAGAGGAGCAUGAGGUUAGAGAAGAAAGUUGCUCUGCUCUCAGUUCCUCUGCUUUGGUGUUACCAGUGGUCCUGGACUCUUGCAGAUUCCAGCCCCUUGUUGGCAGUUUGAAGACUGCAUUCUCCCAGACCAUGUCUCAGUUUUGGCAACAAACAACUGGUUUGCUGCUUUUCUAGCUCAGCCUAUGUAUGAAUUCUCUUUCCCAUUUUCAUACCAAUCCUUCUACAAUACAGGUGAAAAGGAUGGAAGCUUGUUUGGUCAUCCAGGCUGUACAGAGGUGCCAAAGCUAGUACAGAUUGUUGAAAUCAAGGGAAAGCAGUGGCUAAAUCUGUCUCGAGUAUGUGGUGGUCUUUCAUCUGGCUCCUCUGGCAAGUGUUGGCUCUUAGGAGCAUGUUGAUGAACUGUGUAGUGUUGCAUGUGUUUGGAAAGCCCAAGCACAGACCAUUUGCUGCUCCAUAGUUAGCUGACUACUGAGCUGCCAGGGACAGACUGCAGUUGCUCCUUUGCCUACCCUGAGUCUGUACCUCAACCUAGUGAUUAGAGUCCUUCUUUUCUGUAGCUCUCUGGCUUGUUUCUGCUGAAACACUUUCAGUCUGCCAGGAUUCAUGGCAACAAGAAAAUCCUCUGGAAUUUGACUUGAAAUUUUUAAUGUGUAAAAAAUGAUACAGGAAAGAUCCUGUGGAGGGAAGCUCAGCCAGCAUGAAUGCUCAUAAGGGGUGACCUUGAACCUUUGAUUUGGUAGCUGGAAUGAGUUUAGAGAAAGAGGGAAAAAGCUUGUAUUUUAACAACAAAGAGCUUGUAUUUUAACAGUAAACUGGGACUCUGCUAAGCUAGUUUAAAAUGUCAGUUUCUAAAGCCUAUGACAAUCUUUCUCUGCAGAGCAGUGUUAUUUUUAUACUGUGCAUAUUUUUUUUGUAAAGAAGCAGAAUGGGGAUGGUGCCAUUAACAGAGGCAUCUCCUGCAAUACUAAUAUGAAUGAAGAGCAACAUGAAAUUGUGUUACAAGCACUUGGUGAAAUACCAACACUGCAAUUGGUGUUAAAUUUCCCAUGCUGCUUCUAAAGAAUACAGUUUUGAUCAGGAACAAUGAAUUUGUGAAUUAUUUCUCCUAUUCUCCCCUAUACUCUCAGGUAUUAAUAUAAAAUAAAGUUUUAUUGAAUGAACAGUAACUCCAAAACCUAUAUCAUAGAUGUGAGAAACGAGGAAGCUUUUUUCAGCAGGCUUCCCAAAGGAAUUACCCUUGAUGUCAUAUAAUACUGACUUGUAUUUUUAUGUGUAAAAUAGAAAAAGCAAUUUAUCCAUCCAUAUGGGUGUUUUUCUGAGGCAAAGUUGGGCAACACUGUGUUACUUUUAAAAUGUGUUUACUCACUGUUUUCCUACUGUUUUAGAAAUAGAAAGUAGAUGAUACUGUUGUGACCUGAUCUAGGUGAACCUGCUUCUGCAAGGGGGUUGGACUAGAUGAUCUCUAAAGGUCCCUUCCAACCCCUACCAUUGUAUGAUUCUGUUGUUCUAGUUAAGGAUGUACUCAGAUAUGGUUUGCUCAGUGAGUAAUACUUCUGCAAACAGCCAUGCUGAAAUUAAUAGGGCCCCAUGAAAACAGAUGCAGCUGCCCCUCCAAGAAGCUUUUGUAGGUUUUUGGUGGGUAAUGUGUAUUUCAGGAAGUCAUCAAAGCUAUCAUCUGUUUGCUAAGCAAGGUAGCAUGGAGAUAGGAGAGUCCUGAUACUCAAUGACAUUUCUUGAUUGUGAGCCAAGAUGUUAAGAACCAAGUACACAAGACUGUACUGAAAGAACCUGCAAAAUACAGGAGCCUGGUGACAUUACAUGGUUUGUUUAUGCAAAACUGAUGCCUUUGUACAGUGCCAUUUCCUCUUAGUGUCAAUGCAAGAGACUGUAGGGCCAUUACCAGUCAUGUAGUAGCUCUUGCAGAUAUCAUAUAGAUGUAUAAAGAGAGAUUACCAGCAUAUAUAUAUAUAUAUUUAUAUAGACAUAAUAAAAUAGGUUUAAGGUGAGAAGCUGGGCUACGUAGGGGAACACCAACUUUGACUGCAUGGAUUUUCUGUUCCAUUGCUUGUAUUUUUUUCCCCCAAAGGGUAAAGUCUUUAAAUGUUUCCUGUGCCAGACCUGCAAGCUGGUCCAGCCAGGUUGCUGAGAGGACCAGGUUAGUGUGUGAGCCUGGGCACGAGGAUUGGAGUGAGUGGCUUUGAGGGGGGCUGACAGUGCUCAGCAGCUGCCUGGCUGCCAGGUACUGCUUUUGGGAGUCCAUGGGGCAUGGCCUGAGUCCUUGGGGACAUCUAGAUGUAGCAAACACCAGCUGUUCCCAAGGAGCCUGGCCCAGGGAUGUGUUUGCUGGGCUGCUUCCACUGUGUGCAAUAACAUCCAGGGACUCCUGUGCUUUGCUUUGUGACAAAAGGAAAGCUCCAAGGAGCUGGAGCAAUAGAAGCUCUUUCCCUUUUUCAGUCCCAAAAGGGGAUGCCUUGCCUUCAAAGCCCUGCCUUGUCAGGGCCAGAGCCUCCCAUGCCAUCCAGGUUUUUGACUGUCUGAAGUUGCUGGUGGUGCAGAGCUGAAGGCAGGUUCUGCCCGUGCUGCAGGGGUGCUGGGACUGCAGUGGGAGUGCUGGCGAGCAGCCUGCUGCUUACAGAGUGUCUGGCCCAGAAUUACUCAGCUGCUUCCCAAGGGGGGGACUUUCCAUUCCAGUUGCAACUUGGCAGUGUUUUUGACCUUUGCACAGUUCAUUCAGGAACAGGAAGCAGGGUGAUUGUGAGCACUGAGGUGACCUUUCAUGUAUCUAAGUUGGGGUUUUUUUCCUGUAGCACUUUUCAUGAAGUUAUCUGUCAUUUUUGCUUCAGUCAUAGGAAAUAAAUGGAUGUGCAUCAUUCAGUACAAAAUAGGCAGCUGUAGGUAGGAUAGAGAUGGCUAAAGGUAGCUUAUACAGUUUUAAAAUUGCACUACCUGCUGCAUCACCAGCGUGACUUGGCAGCUCGGCCAUGGUUCCUGACCCUCACACUGCACAGUCCUUUCUCAGGGCUGGGCUGCUGUUAUUGUUGCUCUGCAUAUAAGAAGCCUUUUGUCAGCCCUAAUCCAAGCCCAGGGGGUGCCCAGCAGGGCUGCCCUGUCCCCUCCAUUGGGGAACCUGCACUCGAGGUGAGUGCUGGCAGCCCUGACCACCACCACGGGCUCACUGCUUGGCCUCUUUGUGUGUUCACUGAGCUCUGGCCUGGAACACAUGAGCUGUGGGAAUAGCUCAACUGAUAGGAAUAGAAAUAAGCCCUUUCCACCACAGAGGAGAACUGCUUGUCAUUCAGCCAUCAGCAUUUCAUGGCACAUGGAAAUAGUCGCUGCCUUCAGAUCUUAAAGGUCUUUUUCAACCUAAACAAUUCUGUGAUCACUGUAAUGAUUAGAUAAUGAUGUACUUUUAGAACAGUUUACUACCACAGUGACUAAGAAAUAGCUGUGUGUUGAUUUUUAUUAGCAGUAUCUCAUCCAGUUGUACCAUAAGAGGUUCUUGAUGGUGACUGAUUGCACUUGUUAGCUGGACUAAAACAGAAAGAAAUAUUUCAGUUUGUUUCUGGAAAAACAGGCUAUUGUGUGGGUUUUGCUAUAGCUUUGUCACUUCACCAAGAAGGCAACACACAUUUGUAUUGGCACGUUGGGAUUUUUCCUACCAUGUGUUGUAAGCAGAAGUACUGUAAGACAAGUAGGGUGCUCAAUAAAAAGUUGUUUCGCUUAAGAAAAAAAA